AUUGUAAAUCUUGUAAAAAAAAGUUUCAAUCGUAAAUGUAAUUAUAUUCGUCACAUUAAAGCUCAUUUGAAUACAAGGAUAUAUAAAUGUUCUAAUUGUGUAAAAGCAUAUAAAAGACGUGAACAUUUGAAGAGACAUUCUAAAACACAUAAUAAUGAAUAACAAACAAGAAAUUGAUGAUGAUCAUUUACCUCCAUCCAAAAAGAUUAAAAAUAUUCCUUUUUCAACAACAGAAUAUUUAAAAAAAAAAAUUGUGAUUGGAGAUAAAACUGCAUCUGUGGUUGGUUAUAUUGAAGAUAUUCUUGGAGAAUCUACACAUGUAAAUAGAGAAAAACAAAAUGAAUUUCAUGUAUUCAAAUUCUUACUAAAUAAUAACGAUGGCUGUACAAUAGUCUGCCACAUUUACAACAAUUUAAUUAACAAGUUCAAAUCACAUUCAGGCAUGAAAAUAAAUCAGAAAAUUAUUAUUGAAAAUGCAGCAAUAGUAGAAACCAAAUUCUAUUCCCAGAGUAACCUACCAUGGAAUAUUAAUUUACAAUUUUAUACCGUUAUUUCUGAUCUUGGACCAUUUGGAGUAUAUAAAUAUGUAAUUCCAAAAGUCAAAUUUAAUGAUUUGGCUUCAAAAAGAGGGAUGAUAAAAGUAAAUGGGUAUCUACGCAGUCCUUUUAUUCAAAAAAAUGAUAACAAUGAAUACGAAUACAUUAGUUGUCUUGCUCACAAAAAGAGAAAAUUAGACUUAGUAUUAAUAAAAGAUGAAGGGAAAUCAAUUAACUUUAUUAAAGGAUCAAAAUUGGAAGUAUUAGGUGAUCUACAAGAAAGUGGAAAAACAUUAGUCUUACGCGUGAAAAAUGUCGAUCACAUCAAAAUUCUUUCUGACGAUGAUUAUAUGACUGAACAAGACCUUCUCGUUGCUAAAGAAAUAUUUACAAUACAACCCAAAGACGAAACAAAGGAAUAAUUCAUAUAAAAAUUGUCUAAACUAACCAUGAUUUACAGUAAUAAGCUGGAGUGAAAUAUCGUUGUAAAUUUACUAACAGUAUCAAUGUAAAAACACUAUCAAAAUUAAAAGAUAUUCAUUUACUCAUGAUCGAACAAAAAUAUUUAGUUAUCAAUCUUAUAAAAAAAGUUUUAA